GCCUAUGUGUAAGCCUCUGUCCUCCCUCCCCUCCCCGCUCUCCAACGCUCUCUCUCUCUCUCUCCCUUCACAGACAGGGGCGGUCGUUCUCAGUCAGUGCACAUAUUCCACUUGGCCAGCAUCACUUGGAGUCAGACAUAGCGCUGAUUGAAGGAGCGGGCGGGAGCUCAUUUUCAGAGCGCAUGAUUGUGUCAGAGGGGCUUCACUAGACUGUCACCGGUCAGAGAGAGACGGUACAGCCAUUUCAACCACGCCUUUAAAAGUAGACAGGGUAAUUCACAAAAAAGGAGACUGGGUUUAUAGGGUUUUGCCAAACUAGCCUUGCUUGAGUUUUUCAAAGGGAAAGUGGUUUUUAUUUGUAUCUUUUGGAAAGAGGGACUCUCCUGUGGAACGGAAGAUUCCGCUGCCCGCCUCUCUGUGCGUAACGCAAAAGUUUAAGACACCAAAGGAGGUGAUUUGAGAGGUCUGGGAGCGCAACAAACUCUCCGUUAUACUCCGCUGGAAUUGUAAAGCUCAAAUCGGACUCCCACUGGAAGAGGACAUAUAACUUUUUAACACAUUUUGUGGAGAGAUAAAGGUGGCGGGUUGGUCCAACGGAGGAAUCCUCUUCGCUGAGCCGGGAGGAGUGCGCGCUGCGCUGGGUAGUAGACUUGCCCACAGGACGGCACCUCGGAGACAAGGUUAUGACGGAACUGAGCUGAACAUGGAGCUUUUCUGGAUUUUGUUGUUUUCUAGUGUGUGUCCUCUUGCCUGGGGCCAAGGAGUUUACGCUCCAGCCAAUGCCCAGAUCGUGCACUCAGGCGCAGCGUGUAACGUCAAGGAUGAUAACAUCAGUGAGAGAAUCUACACCAUCAAAGAAGGAGACACACUAGUGCUUCAGUGUAUUGUUAAAGGACACCCACGACCACAGGUACGGUGGACAAAGACGGCAGGCAGUGCAUCGGACAAGUUUCAGGAAACAUCCAUCUACAACGAGACACUGCGCAUCGAGGGCAUCCAGAGGGUGCAGGGGGGUCGCUACUACUGCAAGGCCGACAACGGGGUGGGGGUGGCUGCCAUCAAGUCCAUCCGUGUAGAUGUGCAGUACCUUGACACACCAGUUCUGACGGUGCACCAGACCAUCAGCGAUGUGCGUGGCAGUUACUACCAGGAGAAGACGGUGUUCCUGCGCUGCACCGUCAACUCUAACCCUCCCGCACGAUUCAUCUGGAAACGUGGGAACAUGCUCAUCGAACAAAGCAAGGACAACGGAGUGGACAUCUACGAACCGCUUUACACUCAGGGUGAGACCAAGGUGCUGAAGCUGAAAAACCUAAGACCCAAGGACUUUGCUGAUUACACGUGUCAGGUGUCUGUCCGCAAUGUGUGUAACAUCGAGGAUAAGUCGGUCACCUUCAGGCUCACAAAUGCCACAACUCCCCCAGUGAUCCGUCUGUCUGUGAACGACACGGUGGUGGUGGAUCCCGGGCAGGAUGUGCUCUUAACUUGUGAGGUGACCGCAGGUUUCCCCCUCCCCACUGUGAUGUGGUCACGUUACCCAGGCCCCCUUCCCCUCAGCGCCCAAGUUCGAGGGGCAACCCUGAUUUUGCGGGCUGUCACACCGGCUGACGCAGGCUUCUACAGCUGCACAGCUGUCAACAAUGUGGGCAACCCUGCUCGCAAGAACGUCAAUGUCAUUGUCAGAACAAUGAGCAACCUGACCUUCCAGAUUACACCAGACUCCAACAAGGACAGCGAGACCAUCCAAAUGGGUCGGGACCUCAAGCUGUCGUGCCACGUUGAUGCCACCCCACAGGACAAGGUCAACUACACCUGGUACAAGAACGGUGCACUUGUCUUCAACUCAGAUAGCGUGAUCUUGCUGCGCAGUGACCCAGACAUGGCACCUGGCACCAGUAGCUUGGAGAUUGUGGACAUGAAGUUCAGAGACUUGGCUACCUACAGCUGUGUGGCGAACUUUCCAGGUAGUAGGGUGCCGGAGCUCCGUGUGGAUGUCAACAUCUCUCAGAACAGCGUUUCUCCUCCAGUGCUGCUGGUUCCACCAGGAGGUCAGGUGGUCAGUGUGAGAGAGGGAGGUAACGCUGAGCUGGUGUGCUUGGUGGCAGAUGGCAAACCCCGUCCACCUAUACUGUGGUCACGGACAGAAAAGGACCUGCUGAUGCCAUCAGGGAAGACCAUGGUGGAGACACCUGAUGGCCGCUUGAGGCUUAAGAACGUCAGCCGGGAUAUGAUGGGACUGUACCGGUGCCAGACUGCACCUUACAACGGACUUAACAUCAAACGCAGAGAGGCACAGGUCCAACUUAAUGUGCAGUAUCCUCCUAUGCUGGACCCAGUUUUCCAGGAUGUGCGUUCUAGGAACUAUCAGAUGGUGACCCUGAGGUGUACAGUCCUGCGAUCAAACCCACCACGCCUGACCGACAUCCGCUGGUUCCGAAAUGGCGACUCCAUCCGCAUGCCCAUGCCAGAUCUGAAGGAGACGCCAGAACUAAAGUUUAAACUUGAACCCACCAACAAUGGCUCUUAUGAGUGCAGAGUCAGCAAUAGUGCAGGAACAUCAACAUGCACAUUUAAUGUCUCAGCACAACCCUACAAUGCUGAGUUCUACUACGACACACCCAAUCCAGUCCGAAUUCUGAAAGGAAACAACUAUUCUUACAACGUGCAGUGGACUCAAAAAGAUCCUGAGGCCACAGACCGUAUCAUAGGCUACUGGGUUAAUGUCCAAAAGAACAAGCAGAACCUACUGUCGAAGCAGAUAGACCUCAAGGGUAAGGAGCCAGAGAAGGGUGUGUUGAUGUCCUACACCAUAUCAGACCUGAGGAUCCCUCUGUCCUAUGAGGUCCGACUGGCCCCCAUCACCACCUACAGCACUGGGGACUACAUCAGUCGCAUCAUACAGUACUCAGAGCCAUACACCUACCCAAGACCUUCAGAUCAUGUGUGUGGUUUUGAGGAUGAGCGGAUCUGUGGUUUCUCUCAAGACCGGAGUGAUGUCUUUGACUGGACCAGACAGAAUCACCUGACGCAGAAUCCCAAGCGAUCUGCCAAUACCGGCCCUGAGACUGACCGCAGUGGAACCAAGGAGGGGUACUACAUGUACAUUGAAGCGUCACGGCCACGUGUUCAGGGGGACAAGGCUCGUCUGCUCUCUCCACUUUUUAAUGUGACUUCAGUCAGGGGGCCCAAGGGGUCAGGCAGAGUCCCAUACUGUGUCUCCUUCUACUACCACAUGAAGGGCAAACAUAUUGGCACUCUCAAUGUGCUUCUGAGAGUGAGAAGCAUCGCCUCUGUGGACUCUGUGGUGUGGACGAAGUCUGGCCAUCAGGGCCCGGAUUGGAAAAAAGCACUGUUUGACAUCAGCCCCAGUGGACCCUUCCAGAUUGUCUUUGAAGGAAUUCGAGGCCCAAGUUUUGAGGGGGAUAUUGCCAUUGACGACGUGUCCAUCACCAUAGGGAAGUGCAAGCAGGAGAACACUGUAGCCAGCGCAGGUAAGACAGUUCUGAUUGGUGGAUCACACUCGCUCCCAUUGGCCAGCUGGCUGACCUUUGGCCUCUCCUGCUUGCUGUCACUACUCUACAGAUGAUGAGCACUUCCAACAACACCGCCUGUCUGUAGUGACAGACACUGCUCUGAUUCACGCUCUUUUACUUCUCUCUCUACCCUUCUCCCUGCCCUUUCCUCUAAUUACCUGUCUCCCUAACCAUCUGUCCUUCUCAACUUGUUGUCUUUCUAUCCUUCAUGCAUCCAUUUCAUUCUUCUUGCUUAGAUAACACAACAUUGUUGUCUAGUUUCUUCUCCUCUGCUUUCUUUAAAGAUUUCUCCAGCAUAACCAACUGAUGCUCAUACUGUAUUUAAGGUGAACAUACUUGAUGAUCUUUGACAGUCGAACUACACAAUCUCUCCUUUGUCACUCUAUUAAUCUGAUUAUAUUCACUUUAACCAUGUCAGCGUGUCACUUUGUCACCUUUUCCUCUCCUUCACUAACCUUCUUCAUCCAUACAUGCACCCUCUCAUGUAUCUCCACUCCGUCGAACAGCAAUCCUCGACGGCCCCUCCACCCUAUUCCCCAGACACACCAAAGUGUCGGACACUCUACCAAAGAUGACAAAGGACCUAAGGGAAUAAAAAUGAGGAAACAGGGAUUCCAGGAAGAAGGUGAAGGAGAGAGAGAGAGAGAGAGAGAGAGAGAAAGUGGGAAAAAUCUUUCUUCACAAAGUCCAUCUCCCUUCCAUCCCAGCCUUUGGGACCGUGGGAGCUACUGAAUGACAAAGAGAAAGAAAAAAAACUGAUAAAUGUAAGAAUGAAUAAACAAAUGAAUGGUGAGGAAAGGACAAACCAGAAACGGAGGAAAAAAAGACAGGUGCUCCUGGUAGCCUCUCUGCUUGCCCUCUGCUUGCCACAAGAGACGAACCUCAGUGCGGAUCAUACGUGUACAUUUAUCUCUAUAUAUAUUAAAUAUAACAAAGUUUAAACUAAAACACAACUAGGACAGUGGAGGACUUUACAAAGUGAAAUUAAAGAAGCACAACAUUUAUACAACCUCUGCUGUUCCUUUGGGUUUUAUUCUACUUAUUGUGUGAUGUUGCAAUUUGUCAGACCUAUUCAAUGUUUUUGAUAGUUUGCUUUUUUUGUUUUGUUUAUGGCGUUAUAAGGGUCAAGGGCAAUGGGUAAUAAAGUAUUAUAUUAAUAUUUAUGAGAGGAAGAGAAGAUGAUUUUUGAUUCAGAACCUGAAUUGAGCACGAGGAGGGAAAUGCAAGGAUGACCAGGGCCACCUGGAUAGGAACCUCAACUUUUCUUCGCACAUACUGAACACACACGCACACACACGCACACAAACACAUACGAACACAUACUCAGUUUUCCUUGCUGACAUCACAGGCAGGCUGUCAGCUCACCCUCUGCCUCAGCUACGUGUCUCAUCAGUGAAUGAAAGAGAAGGAGAACAGACGGAUGUUGGAAGCAACUUGCACAUUUUUGCUCCCUUACCAUGAACUCCCCAUCACUGGACAUCAUGACUCAGAUGUAUGGAUUGAUCAACCACAACUGUACAUGUCUCAAAUGAAGAGAAAAGCAUGGUUUGGUAUGAGGGGGUCAGAAAGAGCCUGGAGUGAGUUCAGUUCAUUAUAUGGUCAGAGAGCACCUCUUUCUUCACAGGUUAUUGAAUGUCAUAGAUGAAUUCCCCAUACACACACACGGCAGGCGUGAAAGAUGGAGAAGAUCAGUAUCUGGCGGGGGUGCAGUGUAGACUGCAUAUCAGACUCUCUGUCAUUGUUUAAUUAACAUUGAAUGUCUGUACUGUAAACAAUUUUCAUAAUCACAUAGAUAUGAUUGUUAAAGUUAAGCAAUACUCAUAUCUAUAGAUCUAUAUACAAUAGUUUAUGAUUGCGUUUAAGAUAGCAGAGAAACAUUUUGUGUCCAAAACACAUCUCUCUUCAUUUGUCAUUUAUAAUUACCAGUGUUUUCACCAUUCAUGAAGUUCCACAAUUAAAGCUGUAGCUAUUUUCAUCAUACAGUGGACAGUAUGUUUGCGUUUUGCUGCAACAUGCUUCAACUAAUCACGAGAAAACUCCCCAUUCACCAGUCGCUCUGCUCCAGUAAUCUGCUGGUGAUCUGCUUCAUUAACAUGUGCAUUACAUGUGAGUCUUACACCUUAUGUAUUUUAUUGUCUCUGUCAUGUUGAUUUGAUCGUUGCACUUGUUUCUUAUUUGUUUUUGUUUUCUUUAUUGUGGCCAGUACAAAUUGUAUUGAUUUUUCAGUCAAUAGUACAUAACACUCAGACAUGAUGUGCCUGUUUGGCUUUCCCAGUCUGGCGUGAGUGGCACUGGUUUUUAUUGUAUGUGUAAUACAUCAUAGUGUAUCAGUGCAAGCUUUUAGUUCACAAAAACUAAACUUUGUGUUGCAUGUUGGACAAAUCAGUGAAAGUAGGGUAUUAUAAGAACACAGAAGCCCUUCGGCAACUACUGUAUACAAAAAUGUAUUCUGUUCCUGUAUCUUAGCUUUAUCACUGUCAGCACACAUUUACUUUGGUAAAUGGCAGGUUGUACCUAAAUGAAACUAUUUUUGAAGUGAAUUGGAGUGACAUGCCUUCCUGUAAUUGUUCAUUCUCCAAUCAUAUACUCUUAAGGCUAAGCUUGCAAUAUUUCCCUUUUUUAUAAUCUCCCCAAAAGGCCCCUGUCAUUUUCCCAAAACACAGCACAGCAAAAAGUGCUAGCUUUGGGGGGAAAUAUUACAAUACCUCAAAUUCCAACGGCUUAAAUGACUAAGUGAAUUGGCUACAUGUGGUUUAGUAACAGCUUGAGUUAUCAUAAGCAUUAUUCAGCACUAAAGCAACACAUUGUGGGUCAGUACAUUACCCAUAUAGUACUAAACACAUUUUAGAAAUGAUGUGCAUGGCAUUUCAUCUUGCUAACUGUCAAAUCAUUCCUCAUAUUGCCUCAUAUUUCAAUGGCAGUAGAAACAGGGGAAAUCCUACCAUUGUUUUCAGUGCAUUUGGACAUGCAACAGCUGCAAAUGAACAGACAGAACACUGUGGACCUUUUAAGAUGUGCUGUCUGUAACCUUUGUUGUAUUUCAAACUGACACACGCUUUGGUUGUGUUUUGGCUUUUUAUGACAAUUUAUGCCUCACAUUUUAAGGUGAGGCAUUGUAUUAUAUUAUAAUAGAAUAUCAAAAGCAUAUCCUACACGUGUGCAAAUAAUUCAACCCAUUGCUAAGCUUUCCUGUAAUCGUUGUGUUGACUGACAAAGCAGCAAAUUGUGACUUUUUACCAAUGAGUAUUAAAAUAUGUGGCAAUAUGGCAAGAUAAAUGGUACUGUAUCCACCUACUCCUGUGAUAGAGCAGGCUUUUUUUUUUUCAAAUAAUAAUCAAAUAAAUUCUUCCAACUGGCACACUAAGCUCAACUUUGACUAACCAUAAGCAGUGCUUAAUUCCCAUCCAAAUGAAAACCAUUGUUUUCUACAGAAUGUAAAUCAAGCAACUGGUUUUAAUAAAUAAUAAUAAAAUAACAGUAAUAAAUAAUAGUAAUAAUAAUAAAAAUAUUUUUAAUAAUUAUCGGAAUAAUUGGAAUUGCCAUUUCACAAUAUUCAGAGUGUAACCACAGCUGUAGCAACAUUUCAUGUUGGUCAUGUCAUAGCUAGGACAGAUACAAAGAGAGGCUUGCAUAACAAAAUCACAUGCUAAAAGCAUCACUUGUGAAUCAAGUUAAAUAUUAUGAUAUCAGUAGGGAAUAACAGAGUAAUGUACUUAAUUUGUUUCAAAAUAACAUCUGUCAAUACAAUUAAAUUGGGAAAAAAGCAAAGAAAUCAAAAGAUUUUGUUGAAAAUAUCUGUCCUAGUUGGCAUGCUUUGGUAGCAAACAAACAAACAAGCAUCUUAAACAUGCUGAUUGUCAUUUAGCACAGGGAGAAUGUGUAGCACAACUGUCAAUUAGCAUACAAUAGUUCAGAAGUGUGAGUCAUUCAACUUUAAGCACCAGAAACGUAAUGAAUCAGACUGAUAUUUUGAAGGUCAAUCAAAACAUGUUUGAGCUUAACAUUGUAAAUUGCAUAAAUAGAACCAAACUCAACUUCAAUAAAGGCAUUACCUUCACA